CGGCAGCGCGCGGCUGAGGGUGCCCCGUCCCGGGCCGCCGCCAUGGCUGCGCCGCCGGCCGCCGUGCUCUGCCUCUUCGACGUGGACGGCACCCUCACCGCCCCGCGGCAGAGGAUCACGGCGGAGAUGGCCGCCUUCCUGCAGCAGCUCCGGAGGAAGGUGCGGGUGGGCGUCGUGGGCGGCUCCGACUUCGAGAAGAUCCAGGAGCAGCUGGGCGAUGACGUGGUUGAAAAAUUUGACUACGUUUUUCCAGAAAACGGUCUUGUAGCGUACAAAGAUGGGAAAUUCUUGAGCAAGCAGAACAUUCAGGGUCACCUGGGCGAGGACAUACUUCAAGAUCUAAUCAACUACUGCCUGAGUUAUAUUGCAAAGAUCAAGCUGCCAAAGAAAAGGGGCACUUUUAUUGAGUUCCGAAAUGGGAUGCUAAAUGUGUCCCCCAUUGGAAGAAGCUGCAGCCAGGAAGAACGAGUUGAGUUCUAUGAACUUGAUAAAAAGGAACAUAUACGAGAGAAAUUUGUAGCUGAUUUACGAAGAGAAUUUGCAGGAAAAGGCCUCACAUUUUCUAUAGGAGGCCAGAUAAGCUUCGAUGUGUUCCCGGAUGGCUGGGAUAAGCGGUACUGCUUAGGAAUCGUUGCCAAUGAUGGAUACAAGACUAUUCAUUUCUUUGGAGACAAGACUAUGCCAGGAGGGAACGACUAUGAAAUUUUCACAGACUCCAGAACAGAAGGCCACAGCGUCACAUCCCCAGAGGAUACAAGAAGAAUCUGUGAAGAGCUAUUUUUUAAAUAGGAGACUUUCAGAAUUCACACUUACAAAACGGUUAAGACAGCUUAGUAACUCAAAACAUCUCCCUUCACUCUGUGUUGUUUUUUGUCAUUGGUCAGUCAUUACAGAAGGGAAGCUGCUAUUUAAAAGAUGAACAUUUCAGGACGUUUUUGUAAAAUACUACUUUAUGCCAUAAAGACAUGAAUUAUAAGACAGUUGGGAUUUCCUUGUUUAAAAACUGGAAGAUGAGUAAGAGAGAUGGGUUUUAUUUCUUUCUGGGGGUGGGAGGGUAGAACUGAGCCAGAAGCCCCCGACCUCACACAUGUUCCAGUGCACGGUCACACGGUGUGUUGAGUCCACCACCAACACCACCACUGGAAAGGCUGGACCAACUGGUGCUAAAGUUACCUCCUCGGUACGGUUGUGGUGCCAAUGCACAGUACGGUUCACGGUACCUACACUUUUUGCAGACUGUUUUUAAAUCUAAAAAAUAAACAAAUUAUAAAAAAUUAAUCAAAACAACUUGAGCAUAGUAGCAAAAUGUAUUUCUGUCACUAAUUACACCUCUGAUUUCCUGGGAGGAGGUUAAGGGUAGAUGAAAUUUCAGUACUAAGAAAAAUGAUGUAAACUAUGUUUCUAUUAAAAUUCAAGUUGAAGCAUGACAAUCAGCAUAACUGUUAAUAUUACUUUUCUCAUCUGGCAUUAGGAAAGUAAUAUUGUGUAGGAACAGUUUAAUUUAGUACAGGAGAAUAAAUUCUCAUUUUAUCAUGAAAAAUCACUUUUUUAAGUUGUCAUUUUGGCAAAUAAAAUAAGUAAAGCAGA